AAGGCUAAUCAAAUUGUUAGCAGCACGUAUAUCGAAAACAACUGAAAUCAUGUCAGUCAUUCCAUCACAAUUAGUAAUCCUAACAGGGGAUCCCGUCAAUUUUCCAAUUCAGACGGCUUUGGUAAUCAUGAGGGAGCUGUCUGUAUUUGGUGUCAAAGAUAUCUCACUGAAGAAAGACAGGAUCUUUAUUAUGCUUUCCUACACACCAAAUUCAAAACAUCUGCAAAGAAAAAUUUUAAAUCUUCCAAUCCGCUACAUGCGGACAAAAAUUCAAUCAGAGGAAGAAUUCCAAAAAGUGGAAGAAGCGGUAAAAAGAUACCGCUUCAACCUACUUGACGACGAAUACGAGGACAUCGAAAAGCAGCAACAAAUCCAGACAACUUCAGGUAUAAAGAGAACGCUCUACAUCCAGAGAACAGACCAAUUAGCAAGUAAAAAAUCCAAACCGAGUACAAAUACAAGCAGUACUCCUGUGGUGGAGUUGGACGAUGAUGACUAUGAGGACAUAGAGCAUUUUCUAACUCAGAGGACACCACAAUGAACAUAUAACUAUUAUAUAUUUCAUUUCAGAUCCUCUGAGGAGUAGAGAGAAGGGAGAGAUAGAACUUUAAUUAUAUAAAAUAAACCUAUUAAAUAUAAUGUAAGUUAAUUUAUAUAUAAUGUUGAAUAGAUUAGGUUAAUUGUAAUAAAAUACUUUUUAAUGUUA